AUGGCCGCCAAGAAACAGAAGAACAACAAGACGUCCAAGUAUGUCGUGACUAUGUCGAAGACAGAUGAUACCGGCAAGGACGAGGAAGCCUAUCUUGGCAAGCUGCGGUCAAACUUCCUAGGCCUCGAGUUCGUCGCCUACGGCGAGGGCAUGAAUCCCAAGAAGAUUGACAGCUCCAUGUCGCAGGUGCAUGCGCUGCAGCUGGCAAGGCAAGAAUUGCUUGCUGUCCAGUACAGCUCCUCCCUGUGGGGGACGAAGCCUCGAGGGCCACGGAAGAUGGGCGCUGUGAUUCCCAAAGUCCAGCCCAGCGGUGAGCGGAUGAUUUGCAGGACCUUGCACCCGGAUCAAGAGGGGCUGGUCGCCCUGCAAAAGGCGAACAACAUGUCCCUCAUCCACUCUUUUCACAACAAGCCCCCAAAAUGGAAUGAGCAAGUGGGUGCCUUCGUCCUCAACUUCAACAAGCGAGUCACGCAGGCUCCCGUUUAA